GUCCUGGGGCACUUGUACCCAAGCAGCCCGGCUGCAGGUAGAUGUGAGGGCAGUGGUGGGGCCAGCGUAGAGCGGCCGUGGGGUGAGCGGCAAGCAGGGGAAAGGGGGUGAGGUGGAGCGACCGAGCGUGCCAUGCAUUGAGCUAGGGAGCCUCUCUCAAUUCCACUCCUGGGAUCGGCGUGGGAGCGAUGCCUGAGGGGUUGUCUGGGAAAAGAUUCGUAGAGGCCUCUUGGGUGUCCGGUUGGCAGGGCUUCGGAAGUCGUCUGGACAGGGCUAGGGGCGGUCGGCCCCCGUUUUAGCUGGCGCCUGGGUGCUCAGCUGUGGGAGUUUUCGGCUGGCGUUCGGCGGGGAAUUAGCCGAGGAGCCCUAACUUGUAUAAAAGCAGAGUCCAUUUAAAGUUGGGCUGGAUAGCCUCUCUCUCAUUGGUUAGGGGGCUUGGAAAAAAGAGACUCGGCGAGCCCUCGCUGUGGUGCUGCCGCCGCCGCCGCCGCCGCCGCUGGAGUUGACUCUUCUGCUCGCACUGCUGCUGCAGCACAAACGUGACUUCCAACAUUUUUUAUUUAUCUUUCCCUUUUCUUUUCCAAGAUGUAACUACAGAUCAGACACUAAGGACCUUCACGUUUCGCUGAUGUAGUUUUUGGAGGAAAAAGGGGGGAGUGAAGGGCGUCGGUUUUUUUUUUGUGUGUGUAUGUGUUUCGGGGGAAAUUUUCCAUUAUGAGUGUUUUACUAAAGUGAAUUUUUUUUUUGUUUGCUUCGUUCGUCUUUGGCUCUUUUUUUUUUCCUUCCCAAUUUUGGAUUUAUUUCAAGGCGAAUCUGGCUUUGGGGGAAGAGGAAGAAAAGUCGGAUUACAAGAUCAACCACCACCAACAACAAUAAAAACCACCAGGAUAUUUUUUUGCAAAUUUCUGACGGCUUUAAAUUCAUGAAGCAAUUGUCCCCUUUUGCAAUCAGCAUUUGGAUCUCAGAAUGAGCAAGGAAAGACCCAAGAGGAAUAUCAUUCAGAAGAAAUACGAUGACAGUGAUGGGAUUCCAUGGUCAGAAGAAAGGGUGGUCCGUAAAGUCCUUUAUUUGUCUCUGAAGGAGUUCAAGAAUUCCCAGAAGAGGCAACAUGGGGAAGGCAUUGCUGGGAGCCUGAAAACAGUGAAUGGGCUCCUUGGUAAUGACCAGUCUAAGGGAUUAGGACCAGCAUCAGAACAGUCAGAGAAUGAGAAGGACGAUGCAUCCCAAGUGUCCUCUGCUAGCAACGAUGUUAGUUCUUCAGAUUUUGAAGAAGGGCCGUCGAGGAAAAGGCCCAGGCUGCAAGCACAAAGGAAGUUUGCUCAAUCUCAGCCGAAUAGUCCCAGCACAACUCCAGUCAAGAUAGCGGAGCCUUUGCUACCCCCUCCAGUUACUCAGAUUUCGGACCUCUCGAAAAGGAAGCCCAAGACAGAAGAUUUUCUUACCUUUCUCUGCCUUCGAGGUUCUCCUGCGCUGCCCAACAGCAUGGUAUAUUUUGGAAGCUCUCAGGAUGAGGAGGACAUCGAGGAGGAAGAUGAGGAAACAGAAGACAUCAAAACAGCCACCAACAAUGCUUCAUCUUCAUGCCAGUCAACCCCCAGGAAAGGAAAAACCCAUAAACACGCUCACAACGGGCAUGUUUUUAAUGGCUCCAGCAGGUCAACACGAGAGAAAGAACCUGUUCAAAAACACAAAAGCAAAGAGGCCACUCCCGGGAAGGAGAAGCACAGCGAUCACCGGGCUGACAGCCGCCGGGAACAGGCCUCUGCGAACCAGCCCACAGCAGCCCCCUCCAUGGCCACCCUGGCCAAGGGACCUGCUGCCAGCCACCACCACCCCCCUCUGCCUCGAUCGGCUCAGGACUUACGGAAGCAGGUGUCUAAGGUAAAUGGAGUCACUCGAAUGUCAUCUCUGGGUGCAGGUGCGGCCAGUGGCAAAAAGAUGCGCGAAGUCAGACCUUCACCAUCCAAAACUGUGAAGUACACGGCCACGGUGACUAAGGGGGCUGUCACAUACACCAAAGCCAAGAGAGAACUGGUCAAGGAAACCAAACCCACUCACCACAAGCCCAGUUCCGCCGUCAACCACACAAUCUCAGGGAAAACUGAAAGUAGCAAUGCAAAAACCCGCAAACAGGUGCUAUCCCUCGGGGGGGCGUCCAAGUCCACCGGGCCCGCCGUCAAUGGCCUCAAGGUCAGUGGCAGGUUGAACCCAAAGUCAUGCACUAAGGAGGUGGGGGGGCGGCAGCUGCGGGAGGGUCUGCGGAACUCCAAGAGGAGACUGGAAGAGGCACACCAGGCGGAAAAGCCGCAGUCACCCCCCAAGAAAAUGAAAGGGGCGGCUGGCCCUGCCGACAGCCCCGGCAAGAAGGCCCCAGCUGAGAAAGCUCUGUUGAAUGGACACUUGAAGAAGGAAGUGCCCGAGCGAAGUUUGGAGAGGAACCGGCCAAAGCGGGCCACAGCCGGGAAGAGCACGCCAGGCAGACAAGCACACGGCAAGGCGGACGGCGCCUCCUGUGAAAAUCGUUCUACCUCGCAACCGGAGUCCUUGCACAAGCCGCACGACUCGGCCAAGGCCGAGAAGGGUGGUGGCAAGACCGGGUGGGCGGCCAUGGACGAGAUCCCCGUCCUCAGGCCCUCUGCCAAGGAGUUUCAUGACCCGCUCAUCUACAUCGAGUCGGUCCGCGCUCAGGUGGAGAAGUUCGGGAUGUGCAGGGUGAUCCCUCCUCCGGACUGGCGACCCGAGUGCAAGCUCAACGAUGAGAUGCGUUUUGUCACGCAGAUUCAGCACAUCCACAAGCUGGGCCGACGCUGGGGCCCCAACGUGCAGCGGCUGGCCUGCAUCAAGAAGCACCUCAGAUCUCAGGGCAUCACCAUGGACGAGCUCCCACUCAUAGGAGGCUGUGAGCUCGACCUGGCCUGCUUUUUCCGGCUGAUUAACGAGAUGGGCGGCAUGCAGCAAGUGACUGACCUCAAAAAAUGGAACAAACUAGCAGACAUGCUGCGCAUCCCCAAAACGGCCCAGGACCGGCUGGCCAAGCUGCAGGAGGCCUACUGCCAGUACCUGCUCUCCUAUGACUCCCUGUCCCCCGAGGAGCACCGGCGGCUGGAGAAGGAGGUGCUGAUGGAGAAGGAGAUCCUGGAGAAGCGCAAGGGGCCGCUGGAGGGCCACACGGAGAACGACCACCACAAGUUCCACCCCCUGCCACGCUUCGAGCCCAAGAACGGGCUCAUCCACGGCGUGGCCCCCAGGAAUGGCUUCCGCAGCAAGCUCAAGGAGAUGGGCCAGGCCCAGCUCAAGACGGGCCGGCGGCGACUCUUCGCUCAGGAAAAGGAAGUGGUCAAGGAGGAGGAGGAGGACAAAGGUGUCCUCAAUGACUUCCACAAGUGCAUAUACAAGGGAAGGUCUGUUUCUCUAACGACUUUUUAUCGAACAGCAAGAAAUAUCAUGAACAUGUGUUUCAGCAAGGAGCCCGCACCAGCUGAAAUUGAGCAAGAGUACUGGAGGUUAGUGGAAGAGAAGGACUGCCACGUGGCUGUGCACUGCGGCAAGGUGGACACCAACACUCAUGGCAGCGGAUUCCCAGUGGGAAAAUCGGAGCCCUUUUCAAGGCAUGGAUGGAACCUCACCGUCCUCCCCAAUAACACAGGGUCCAUCCUGCGUCACCUCGGUGCUGUGCCUGGAGUGACUAUUCCCUGGCUGAACAUCGGCAUGGUCUUUUCUACCUCAUGCUGGUCUCGAGACCAAAAUCACCUUCCAUAUAUUGACUACUUACACACUGGUGCUGACUGCAUUUGGUAUUGCAUUCCUGCUGAGGAGGAGAACAAGCUGGAGGACGUGGUCCACACCCUGCUGCAGGCCAAUGGAACACCAGGGCUGCAGAUGCUGGAGAGCAACGUCAUGAUCUCCCCGGAGGUGCUGUCUAAAGAGGGGAUAAAGGUGCACAGGACCGUGCAGCAGAGUGGCCAGUUCGUCGUCUGCUUCCCAGGGUCCUUUGUGUCCAAAGUAUGCUGUGGCUACAGCGUCUCAGAAACCGUGCACUUCGCUACCACCCAGUGGACGAGCAUGGGCUUUGAGACUGCCAAGGAAAUGAAGCGCCGCCACAUAGCCAAGCCCUUCUCCAUGGAGAAGUUGCUCUACCAGAUUGCACAAGCAGAGGCGAAGAAGGAGAAUGGCCCCACUCUCAGCACCAUCUCAUCCCUUCUGGAUGAGCUCAGGGAUACGGAGCUGCGGCAGCGCAGGCAGCUGUUUGAGGCUGGCCUCCACUCCUCCGCGCGCUAUGGUAGCCACGACGGCAGCAGCACGGCGGCAGAUGGGAAGAAAAAGCCUCGAAAGUGGCUGCAGCUAGAGACCUCAGAGCGGAGGUGUCAGAUCUGCCAGCACUUGUGCUACCUGUCCAUGGUGGUACAGGAGAAUGAAAACGUCGUGUUCUGCCUGGAGUGUGCUCUGCGCCAUGUGGAGAAACAGAAGUCCUGUCGAGGGCUGAAGUUGAUGUAUCGCUAUGAUGAGGAACAAAUUAUCAGUCUGGUCAAUCAGAUCUGUGGCAAAGUAUCUGGUAAAAAUGGCAGCAUUGAGAACUGUCUCAGUAAACCCACACCAAAAAGAGGCCCCCGCAAAAGAGCGACAGUGGACGUGCCGCCUUCCCGGCUGUCAGCCUCCGGUUCAUCCAGAAGUGCUUCAAGCUCAUCAUGAAGAUGCCAACACCCGUGGUCAAUUUAUAUAUAUUUUUUUGUAAUUAUUAUAUUCUAGUUUGGAGUACUUGCUGUAGGAUACAAGCUGUCUUUGCACUAGCUCUAAAGAAGAUUUUCUUCUGGUUUUAGAGAACUAAUUUUGUUUUAGCAUUAAACUGUUGAACUUUUUUUUGUACUUAGAAUACCUAGAUACUGCAGUCAGGUUUUGGAAACUGCCGUUAUAUUCACUGUUUUGAAAACCCUUGAGGGGCUGUAUUAAUUUGUAUUGCCCCUAUGGCUGAGAAAAGCCUUUUUUGUUUUGAGGUUUUUGGUUUUUUGGGUUUUUUUUUUUUGUUUUUUUGUAACUGUUGGGGAAAAAAGGCUUUUUAAACCCAUUUUUGAAGAGGGUGAAGUUUGGAGAACAAAUUUUAAAACCAUCAGUCAUGUGAGCAGAUUUUUCUAGAUCGGAAAAGGGAUAGGAGACACACACACACAAACACACAGAGGAAAAAACUUGAAAAGAAAUGGCUUUGCUUUGGCUGUCUUUUCUUCUGUCAUGUGCAAGAUGAGUUUAUAAUUUUUAAAACCGGAGAGCCCCCAUUUUGUUUCUUUGGGCGGUUAUGGCAGCUGAAGGCGGACGUUGUUUCCUAACCAUAGGCAAAACGAGGAGAUUGGAGCGAGUGGGUUCUCUUUACCAGCACAUCACUAUGCAUCUGUUUAAGGAAAAAGGAGAAGCGCGAAAGGAGGAAGACGACGACCGCCGGCCUUGGAGGGGUCACGUGAGGGAGACCUGUGCCUGAUUUCAUUAGGAAAUCCAUUCUGUUAUUUUUUGGUGCUGUUGGCUACUUUAUCAAAAAACCCUUCAAUAGCAUCCUUAAGAAAAAAAAAAAAAAAGGAAAAAAAGUGAUUGAAGCCAUUAAGUGCUUCUUUGUCAUCAACGUGCAAUCUUUCUAACAUUCCAUCUUCAUCUCACUGCUUCUUGUUUUACACCUUCACAAGUCAGCAUUAAUCUUUCUUUUUAAAUUGUCUCGUUUAUGAUCACAUUUAGAGCCACUAGGAGGUCUGCAGUUCUUUUUGAAUGUGAAAAAUGUAUUUGCGCUCAUCUUGUCUAUUUUUUCUCUUCAUGUUGUAACAAAAGGAAAAAAAGAAAAAAAAAAAGAAUCCCAUCCCUUUUGUACAUAUGCCUGUAAAUUGUUUUAAAUACUUGAGCCUUUUUCUUGGUAGGGGUGGGGAGGGGUGAGAAGACAAGAUGAAGAAAAGCCUUACAUUUCAGUUUCUUCAUCGGUUGGAUUGGAUGCUUACAGGGUUUUUCUUGUAACAUUUAUAAGUGCUGCUUACAUCACUGAACAACAACAAAAAAAUAAUAAUGGAGUAGCUGUUGCCCUUCUCCGGUUGUGUGUACAGUAUGUGUGGAAUAAAAAAGGGAAACUGUUUUCACAAGCUGUUCUUUGUUUCAUAAUUGGAUUUCAUCAAUCCCGUAGCUACCCAUAUUGCACUGAGCUUGCCAGUGGUGACUGCCAGGAACGUCCUAUGAUCCACUUUGUUGGUCGUUGUUGCAGAAGACUGAACUGUUUUGGAAUAUUUAACAAUGACAUAAACAGAGUCAAGUGUUUUCCAAUGUGGUUGUCCGGUUUUUAUGGCCUUGCUGUGUACUUUUCCCUCUUUUUGACAGUGAACUUCUGCCUCUGGCUUACAGUUUGACAUUUAAUUUAUUAGCGCUGCUCUGCACCCCUCUGUUGGGAGGGAAUACUUCAUGUGGUUUAUUGCGAGUUUUUGUUUACUUUUCAGGUUUGUAAUACAAGGUUUAAUAAUAAAAACAAAGUUUUUUGGA